AUGGUAGAGACAGAAAGAGGGGAGGGGAUGGAGAGAAAUACCUGGGAGAUGGUUGUGGGUCGUGACGGGGGUGCUGUGGUGGUUACGGUAGCGCUGGACAAUGGGCUGUGUGAGAGUUGUGUUGCAGAGAAGAGAAAUAGAAAGAGAGAAGAGUUGUCGGAGUCGUUAGAUUGCUGCAGUAUGUGGUUGCCGGAGUUGGAAGCUGAAGAAAGAUCUGGUUGUUGA